CCUAUCUAGAGCCCUUCUACCCGUCUAUUAAUUGCCAUAUCGAAGACUAAGCUAUAGUAUUAUCAUUCUUAUCACAGUCUUUAACUACCCAAUGGAUCGUGGUCGUAGUCGGGGUCAAUUCCGAGGCUAUGGUCGCGGUCAGAAUACUGCUCGUGGUCGUGGCCAAAACCAAGGACAAGGUCCGGGUGUAGGUAGGGGUCAAUAUCGAGACCGUGGUCACGGUAGAGGCCCAGGAUUCAGCGGUCCUGCACCAGCCGCCCUUAGAGAACAUAAAGCGUAUGAAGAAAAUCCUAUAAGUCCGAACGAAGGGGUCACAGAAGCAGAGAAAAAAAUCCCGAAGUCUCCCAAUCUAGACACAAACAUCAUCCCCCGACGGCCAGCAUAUGGCGACCUAGGAGAUAAAACCCGACUUUGGGCCAAUUACGUCGAAAUCAAUAUGAACACUAAAAAAAUACUAAGGCAUUACUCCAUAAUAUUUGCGAACAAGGAAGAUAAGCCGACUGGGAAGAAACUUGUCCGACUUAUCAGUCUACUCCUUGAAGAAAUUCCGCAGCCGAAUACGGGGUUGGUUACUGACUUCGACGAAAUUCUCAUCUCAUGUGAGGAUAUCACGAGCAUCAAAAGAGAAGGCAGGACGUUCACAAUUCCUUAUUAUAGUGAGAACGAGACUGCGCCGCGCGAGAAUGCCAAGACUUAUCAGAUCAAGGUUGUGCUCAAAGAGCUAUUGCCUCUCUCGGCACUUCAAAACUACCUCAGAGAUCCUACCAGUCAGUAUAACAGACAGAGUAUACUCCAGGCUUUGAACAUCUUCUUGAAUUAUUAUGCAAAGAACUCAAGCAGUCAUACGACGAUUGGCGCGGGAAGAUCUUUUCCCCUAGGCGGAACGUCCGCUCAAGAUCUUGGGCGUGGCUUAAUUGCAAUCAGGGGCUACUAUUCAAGCAUCCGAUUGGCAACUUCUCGGAUUUUAGCAAAUAUAAAUGUCAGUUACGGGAUAUUUCACCUGAGUACGACCCUCGAUAGGACUAUUGGCAGUUAUUGUUACAAGAAUGGAAUUACGGAUACUACUAUUCGAAUGUUGGGCAAGUUUCUCCGAGGAGUUCGAAUCGAGUAUCAUUAUCGCAAGAACGAGGCCCAAACUAGCACUCGACGAGUGUUUAGAAUCCAUGAUCUGGCUUCCCCAGAGGAUGGCACGAUAGAAAACAAGAAGAAAGUUGAAAACCCGCCAGUUGUAGCGAAGUACGGGGCUGGUCCCAAUGAGGUUUCAUUCUGGAUCCAGGGCAAAGACAAACGCAUUUCAAUUUUGGAAUUCUUUCGGAAAGAACGGAACAAGGAUUUGAAUCCUGAGCUCCCAGUACUCAAUGUUGGUUCGCGCCAGAACCCGACGUAUCUCCCGGCGGAGUUAUGUAAAGUAUUGCCUGGGCAGAGGGCCAAAGCAGAAGGAAAUACUGAUCAAACAGCUAAGAUGAUAAGGUUUGCCGUACGCACCCCCUUGGAUAAUAUGAGAGAUAUUAUACCUGAUGGUAUGCGGGCGGUCGGCCUUUCGAAGAGUGAAAAUCCCAUGAUGGAUCUGUACGGCAUUUCGGUCCCCAAUGAUGAACUGAUAACCGUCGAAAGUCGUGUGCUCUCCCAGCCCAGGAUAAAAUACAGCCAAGGAGACUGGGAAAAGAAGACGAGAUGGAAUUUGUCCGGUAAGGUACUGAAUCCCCAAAGUGAUUCUAGAAAAUGGCAAUGUAAGAUUCUUCGAAUCAGAUCAUACAGAGAUGACCACCUGAGGAUACUCCGAGAAUGUUUCCGAAAAUUGAAACAAAACGGCGUAGAUAUCGAUGAACGGCGGGAACCAAUAGACAUAAAUGUGAAGGAUAACAACAACGAAUUUGAACGGGAGCUCAGGAAAGUCUUCAAAUCUAUAACUAAGGAGAUCAACUGCAUGAUUGUAAUCUUACCAGACUCAAGCAAGGUCACCUACAGCCGGAUCAAGAGGCUUGGUGAUAUGGAGUUCGGAGUCACAACAGUCUGCAUUGUUGCAUCUACUCUGGAGAAGUCGCAGUACAAUACCUCAUCCCUCGCUGGAAACCUUGCUCUCAAAUUCAACCUAAAAUUUGGGAACCACAAUCAAGCUAUUGAUGGAUUUGGCCUGAAUGAUAUCCUCGGAUUGGAUAAGACGAUGAUUGUCGGCAUCGACGUUACACAUUCGCCAAUCGAAGAUGCCCCUAGCAUUGCGGGGAUGGUGGCAAGCGUGGAUACGCGCCUUGGACAAUGGCCUGCGACAUUACGGCGCCAGAGAGAAAAGGGUGGGGAGAUGGUGGAAGAAUUGGGAGACAUGUUAAAGAGCCGGAUUAAACUAUGGGGGGCGAAGAACAAUGGAUCUUAUCCCGAAAAUAUCGUUGUUUACCGCGACGGCGUCUCGGAAGGCCAAUACAAACUCGUUCGUGAUAAGGAACUGCCGCAGUUGUGGGACGCGUGCAAAAAGCUGUACCAGAAAGAAAGGAUGCCGAAGAUAACCAUUGUGGUGGUUGGGAAACGCCACCACACGCGCUUCUACAGAUACCCCGGCGCUGCUUCCAGUGACUACAACCCGCUAGCAGGAACGAUAGUUGACCGCGGCGUGACCGAGAUGCUCAACUGGGAUUUCUUCUUGCAAUCACACACUCCGAUCAAGGGAACCGCACGACCUGCGCACUAUUUCGUCGUCCACGAUGAAAUUUUUCGAGAGAAAUUCGGCGCACAGGCAGCAAACAGAUUGGAAACCUUCACCCAUAGCCUGUGCUUCUUAUUCGGGCGCAGCACCUGUGCUGUCAGCAUCUGUACGCCGGCCUACUAUGCGGAUAUCGUCUGCCAGCGCGCUCGUUGUUACGCAGAUGAUUCCCCUGGAAUUAAAGACUUUGAAAUCCACGAUAAUCUCAAGAACACGAUGUUUUAUAUCUGAGAAUUCAUGCGGCUCGGCUAGUCAUUUCAGGGAUAGGUACCUCUCUUCCUACGACUUCUGACCCUGGGUUGUUAAUAAACCCCCAAACCUCUCUCCACCCUUUCGCGCAACACUAAAUAACCCGCCAAGCAGCUCAUGGCAUUUUCAUUCCCUUAAAAUGUUGGUUUCUACUUGUUGUAAGCUAGAUUUAGCAAUACACUCAUUAAAUAGGCAC